CGCGCGACAUUUGAUUGCUUUAUCGUUCUAUCCUCGUUCAACACCGUGCCGACAAUCGUCAUUUUCAUAGUCGUGGUGUUUCAAAUUGUUCUUAAAACGUGCACGCAGUGAAAAAUAUAUGUUCGUGUUGCCUCAAUAUUUUGUUUUUCGUUUUUCUUUUAUCGCGUCAUUCAAACAAGCUUGAAUAGAAACGUGGUUUUAAAAUUCGUUUCUCUCUCAUAAUUGCGCUGUGAGCAAUCUGGAUUAAUCAACAAGUUGCAUGGUCAAGUUUGCAACUGCUUCUCGCAACGCCCCAUCGUUGUUGUUCUAACGAACGACACGCGUUAUUGGAGAAUCGUUUCCGCCGCAAACAUAUGAUUAUGAUAUCGAUGAAAAUAUCUUGAAAAAUAUGGGAAUAUAAUAUACGAAUUUAUGGAAUAACAGGAAUGACUAAAAUUUGACUCGUACGCGACAAAAUUUCUUGAAACUCGAUGGCCGCAGCUGCCGAGAUCCUUUGUAUAUAGCUUCUUUUCAACGACGCCGCGCGCAAUUCGUGUUUGUAUGCGAUAUACGUACGCACCGCGCGCGUUCAAUAUAAUCGAUGCGUGACUGGAAUGGCAGAAAAGGUGCGAGAGGCGUCGGCACGUGGCGACGCGACCCGUCUCUCGCGUCUCCUCGAUGACGGAUCCAAGGCCUUACCCGACGAGAAUGGCAGGAGUCCACUGCUGUUGGCAGCCGCCGCUGGACACGUGGAAACCUGCGAAAUUCUCAUUGGUCACGGCAUUGAUGUUAAUGCAUCGGAUAAUACUGGAGUGACUCCUCUUCAGAGGGCAGCGGCUGAGGGCCAUCUCGAUGUUGUUGAACUGCUUCUUAAACACGGAUCCGAUGUUGGCCGCCAAGACACAGUGCAUGGGAAUUCCGCCCUUCACGAGUCUUCUUGGCGAGGAUACAGUCGAACCGUUGCUGCACUUGCCAAAGCUCUUGGAACUCAGAGAGCUCCUCUUCACGCAAGAAAUUUGGCUGGAUUCGCGCCUCUUCAUCUCGCAUGUCAGAAUGGCCAUAAUCAAAGCUGUCGCGAACUUUUACUCGCCGGAUGUAAUCCUGACCUUCAAAACAAUUACGGCGACACACCGCUCCACACUUCGGCUCGAUAUGGACACGCGGGAGUGACUCGAAUUUUGAUUUCCGCCCUGUGCCGAGUAUCCGAUCAGAAUAAGAACGGAGACACGGCUCUUCAUAUAGCGGCGGCGAUGGGUCGCAGAAAAUUGACUCGAAUAUUAUUGGAGGCGGGUUGCGAGCGUACAUUACGGAACAAGCAAUCGGAAACAGCGAAGGACAUAGCUCGUCGGAAAAAUUUGUCGGAAAUUCUCGAGAUAAUAAACAAAUCGCGUAGCAAAAGUCGGGGGCGUUCCAAGAGUCGGGAGGAAGGGAUGUGGAAUAACGAAGAGGAGCCGGCGAUUCACCGAUUAAAAGAUUCUACCAAGUCCGGUGGUAAGGGUGAGAAGAAGAGAGAGAAAACCGGAAGCGGUACGAGCGGAAGCCGAGACGGUGGAAAGAAAGAGAAAAAAAAGCACAAACCUGGAGGAAAGCAGCACAAGGUGCAUUUUGAAAAAGCGAUAAUGGGUCGAGAGUGGUCCCCGUACGGAUGUCAUUAUUAUCCGGAUCCGGAAGCAUUUCCGCAACCUCGUUUGGAUUCGUUGCCCUCGGAUCCUUUGGCCCGCGGUGAACAAUAUUAUCUCGAUUUAGCAGGAAAUAUUCGCAAAGGUCCUGUGGGGGUUGGUUACACGUGCUAUUGCGCCCCAUUUUUCCGUCACAUGGAGGCUAAACUGGAGCGUGACAAAGCCGAACUGAAAGCUCAUAUCGAUCAAGCCCACGAGAGGCUCGAUUUGAAAGUAGCCAAUCUCGAGAGACGCACACGCGGCCAAAUAUCCGAGCUGACGCGUUGCGUCGCAGCGGAACGUUCAAAAUGCGAAGAACGACAUUCUCAUCUGCGUCGAUGGAUAUUACGAGGAGGACAGGGACGCCAUUCGGAACGACCGAAUCGACGCUCCGUUGAGCGUCACGAAACAUCCAGACCGACUCGCGCUCGAUCCCUCGAACAACUUCUCGACGAUCGACCGCAGGAUCGUAGUUUUGAAAUUCCCGGCGAAACGUUCGGCGGCGGCGGCGGCGGCGGCGGCGGUGGCGUCGGCGGUGGCGGCUGCGGCGGCGGCGGCGGCGGCGGAAGUCUCGAUGAUCUUGACAUUCCUGCUAUUCCCCGAUCGAGCGAAUCCAUGAGGGAUUUGGCCUGCUCCGGUUCCUCCAGACCUCCUCUUCGUGUUCUUGAUAUCGAACCUCGGCUCAACGAAACGUUCGAUGGUGUAAUCGGGCGCGAUAAAAGCUCUCAUUUCGGGGCUGGUGCUGCUUCUGCUUCACCUACUUUUAGCCUUAGACAACGAGUUCUCCGACAACAGAUAUCCUCGAGCCACGAAAUAGUUUCCGGCACUCAUCAAGAUGAUGAAAAUACGCCCAAGAAUGAGGAUGAAAAUCCGGAAGCUUGGUCAACGACAUCCAAUCGGAGAAGCGUCCAUGAGAUGAUUAAACGAUUUCAACAAGUGCCAGGCGCACACAACGGUGGUUGGCAUCCGCCCCGUUCGGUGAGCAGCGAGCACACAACGACAAGUCCCGAGCACAGCCAGUGUUCUCAAGGUCUAAGAGUUCAACCUCAAGGUAUCGCGAGCAACGAUUGGCACCCCGAACGACAAGGCAAUGAGAGCGAGAGCUCCGAAGCCGAGGACGAGCCCCAGCAACCCCAAACGAAGAAGCAAAUCAACAAGCAUCAUCCCAGAGUCGUUGGCGACAACGAACACUACGAAUCCAUCGCAAAAUUACCUUAUCGUUCGCGCAGUGCCGUUUACAGUCCCACUCCGGCCUCCCACGAUGCUCAUAACGAUUCCGGAUACAGUACUCGAAUAUAUGGAUCUAGCAAAGGCGCCUCACCCUCUUUGUCAGGUCAACUGGAGUGUGAUAUAAUACUUCCAGCGUCUCAGGGGAAUUUCCCGAGUGGUGAACAACUGGUAGCACUUUUGGAGCAGCCCAGGAUGCAUGAUAUCACGGUUUACGAACGAGGCACCGACAACGUUGUCAUCAACAUUGGAACAGCGAGUCUGGUUUAACGUCACACGUAUACAAAUGGCGAAACUAUUAACUUAAACAAACGUUUGGAAUUUAUUGAUGUGUAACGGUGGAAAAAAUUCGUCUCUCUCUCUCUCUCUCGUUGCCAUAAAUAUGAAUUACGAAAUAGAAAAUAAGACGAUAUAGUAUGUAAAGGACGAAUAUAUUUAUUUUUUGUCAAUAGUACAGUUCAAAGGUAAUAACGUAUAACGUGUAUUCAUGUACAAUAAGUAACUUGUUAACGCUUGUUCAUUUCUCCAUAUUAUCUUUCGAGACUCGCGUAAAAUUAGUAUUGUUUAAAUAAAUUUCAUCUUAUUUCAACGAUA